AUGGCCAAGCGUCUCCAGGACGCUGAGCAGACCAUCGAGGAGCUGCGCAGGUCUCUGGAUGAGCGAAGCCUGCACGACGCGCGGACGUCGUUCAGCAACGACCAGACUGUCCUCGGCGUCCAGGAAGGGGCUAAUGAUGCGAUAGUUGAUAGAUCUCACAACGGGCCCAGCCCGCCACUGGCUGUGAGGAGCCCUUCCAAGGAACCGACACCCAAGGAGAUGCUGUCUGAGCUGAGUCUCGAUGAAAACGGCAAGCUCUGUUACUAUGGUGUCACCUCUGCGGUGCACGUGGCUCCGACGCUCGAGUCUGAGUUCUCUGGACCAGAACCAUACAGCGCGGAGCCGGCCAAGUCGGACGUACGAACCCUGCUGACCUCGAAAGCCAUCGAGUCCCGAGCUUGGGAAGAGUUCGCUGUAGGCAAUGCAGCUAUCGACAACGACAUACCGCGAGCCGUACUCUCAAAGACCCUUCGGGUCCACUGGACCUGGGUCGCGCCCAUGUUCAUGUGGGUGUACAGACCGGCGUUCAUGCGUGACAUGGCGGAAAACGGAAAAUACUACUCUCCAUUUCUUCUAACUGUUUUGUGUGCCCACGCCUCUCGCUUUCAUGAUGCCAAGAUCGGCGAGGCCUUGAUUGGCAGGGCCAGGCUUCUUCUCGGACAGGAGAUUCAGAAGCCGAGUUCAAUACCGACAGUACAAGCUCUUUUACAGUUGAGCGCAAGAGAGAUGGCAGCUAUCAGUCUUUAUCUAGGCCGAUUGCCUGCGCUCAUAGACCCUCCAUAUGAUCCCGCAUUGGAGCUUCGUAAGUAUUUAUCUCUCAACGAGUGGUUUCCUAUGCUAACUCGGUGCGGGGAAGUGGACGACUUUGCGGAACACGAGCUAUGGUCGCCGUAUUUCGGAGGCGAUGAAGACCCUAGUCGGGUGUGCGAACGAGACUAUCCUCCCAUGCAGUCACACGCAAUUUCCUGCUUCGAGAACUCUUGUAGACUUGCCAUUAUCCUCAACGACAUCAUUCUCCAACUCUAUUCUAGGCGCGGUAGCCCCGACAUUGACGGCUCACUUAGAAGCAUCCGAGACAAGCUCGAUGAGUGGAGGAGAAAAUCGCCUGCUCAUCUCAAGUACAACCCCGAUCAUCUGCCACAGGUCUGCCCUCCACCACACAUCUUGACACAGAAUCUCCUAUAUUAUACCACCAUCAUUCUGCUUCAUCGUCCAUUCUAUUCGGAAGCGAUCCACCGAACAGCCUGCCGCCAGGCGUCCGACAACAUCGAGAAGCUCCUCCUGCUUCUGGAGAAGACCUUUGGAUUUACCCGACUGACCUACCUCAUGGUGUACUGCAUCUACACCGGCGCCUCGGUAAUUGUCCCCGACGCCAAGGCAGGCGACCUGGCCGCAGAUGGGAGGUUGCAGACGUACCUGCGCGCCCUGAGGGAAGGCAAGACGACAUGCCCACUCGUGGACAGGAGCCUCGAUAUCAUUACCAGCAGUCUCAACUCCAAGGACACCUACACGAGCCCAAGCUCAGUUAAGCAAAACAGAGCGGACACGACCGCGAUGCCGUCAGGGGACAUACUGAUGGGGAGGAACUAUCUGCCGGCCUUCCCAUACCGUGACAUGCAAGUCGACUUCUCUGGCGAUCCGCAAUUCGUCGGCAUGGACGUCGAUCCCUUUUCACUGCUGGACAGCUUUCCUGAGAACCACUUGGACAACGUCACGGGGGAGUGGUACAUGCCGUCAUAG